ACCAGAGAAGAAGUACGCAAACUGCAGGGGCUUAUGGGUAACGCUGUUUUUGUCCUCACCAGGCCCAUUUAUUGAUGUUUGGAAGAAACUUCACAUCCCAUGUGCCCCUUUUUACGUGUCUCUUCAAAGUGUCUCGGACUCUUCAACGAAAUUGGUUGAGGAAUGGAGUUUCCUGAAGAUUUCAACCAGCUCGAGCUCCUUGACACCCACGGACACCUGAUCCCCAGAGGGCCCAUGAGCUCCUGGACCGCGAGCAAGGACGAGGAAGAGGAGGUGGACGAGGAGACGCACAGCGAGGAGUGGUACCAAGAGAAGGAGGAGGCGCUCAAAGACAAGCCCAAGGAGCUCAUUCUCUGGGCAGCAGAAAACAAUCGCCUGCAGACAGUUCUCCGGUUGUUAGCCGCCGACCCCCUGCUGGUGCACUGCUGUGACGAGGACGGCUACACGCCGCUCCACCGCGCGGCGUACAGCGGCCACGUCCAGGUGGUCAGGACCCUGCUCGCCGCCGGCUCCCUGGUCAAUCACCGUACGGUCGACGGGUGGACGCCUCUGCACAGCGCCUGCCGGUGGAGCCACGUCGCCGUGGCCAGCUGCCUGCUGCAGCACGGCGCCCAGCUCAACGCCCAGACCAACGGGGGGCUCACGCCGCUGCACCUGGCCGCCUCCCACUCCAACUCCUCCAAACCAAACAGCGCCCACGUUUUGGAGUUCCUGCUCUCCAAGAGGAACCUGAAACCCGGGCUGCGCAGCAGCAGCGGGGAAACGGCCGGCGACGUGGCCCGGCGCAGCGGUCCGUAUUACUUCAUGUUUGAGAUGGUGGAAGACUGCGUCAAUGUGGUCCCAUCUGUGACAGCAUCCUAGUCUAAUCGCUGUAUUUAGGCUCAGCGAUGGAUUAAAAACCUUCUCGACUCUCAACUGCUGUAACUUGCAAACGUACUGACACGUAACUUUCUCCACAUUUAGUUGCCUGUCAACCACAAACCGAUGUAUUUCGUUCGGGUUUUAGGUGAUAGACCAAUGAAAGUGGCACGUGAUGAUUGAGUGGAAGGAAAAGAAUCGUUUGCCCUUCAUUGUAGAUGUGUCUGCAUGUUUAGGGUCACUCAGUUGCUGGAAGGUGAGCUCGAGUCUGUUGCUUCUGAUGCGUUUGCUUCCACGUGUUUCUGGUUUCCUUCAUCUUCCCGUGAGCCAACCAGCUUCCCUGUUCCUGCUGAAGAGAAGAAUCCCCACAGCACGACGCCGCCACCCCCCACGCCUCAUCAUGGGGGUGUGUUUCGGGUCAGGUGAUGCAGUUUUGGUCCCAUCUUACCACAGCACCUUCUUCCACAGUUUGGUUGCCUCUACAUGACUUGGUGUAAACUUUAAAACAAUGGAUUACUCUAUUUCCAGUCUUUCCAUAGAGCUCAGAUUUGUGGAGUGCACAGCCACUAUAUAUCCUUUCCUUCCAGAUUAGUAAGGCACUACCUUUGUUAGUCUGUCACAUAAAAUCUAAAAGAUACAUCGAUGUUUGAAUAUAAGCUGUGGAAGUUCAAGGGGUCUGAUUCAGUCUGUAAAUGAACUCCUUGCUUUCUUUGUUGCAGCUGUUUCAUGGCUUGAAGGUGGUUAACGUAAUAAAUAAAGGAAGACUUGAACCUGAA